AUGGCUACAAAAGUGAACAUUUUUCUGGAAGCAUUUGGCCAAUAUAGAUUUGGGAGUGAUAGUGCCUGUGACAUCACAAGAGAAAUCAGGCCUCAGAACAUUCACAUUGGAAAAAAGUUUUAUAAAUUUAAUCACUGUGGAAAGACUUUCAGAGAGCAUUCUAGUUUUGCUGCACAUCAGAGAAUCCACACUGGAGAGAAGCCUUAUGAAUGUAAUCAGUGUGGAAAGACUUUCACACAAAACUCCAGUCUUGCUGCACAUCAGAGAAUCCACACUGGAGAGAAGCCUUAUAAAUGUAAUCAGUGUGGAAAGACUUUCACACACAAUUCCAGUCUUGCUGCACAUCAGAGAAUCCACACUGGAGAGAAGCCGUAUGAAUGUAAUCAGUGUGGAAAGACUUUCACACAAAACUCCAGUUUUGCUGCACAUCAGAAAAUCCACACUGGAGAAAAACCUUAUGGAUGUAAUCAGUGUGGAAAGACUUUCACAAAGAGCAGCAAUCUUGCUGCACAUCAGAGAAUCCACACUGGAGAGAAACCUUAUGAAUGUAAUCAAUGUGGAAAAACUUUCACACAAAACUCCAGUCUUGCUGCACAUCAGAGAAUCAAUACUGUAGAGAAACCUUAUGAAUGUAAACAGUGUGGAAAGGAUUUUACAAGCAGCUCCUAUCUUGCUAAGCAUGAGAAAAUGCACACUGGAGAGAAACCUUAUGAAUGUAAACAGUGUGGAAAGACUUUCACACCAAGCUCCAGUCUUGCUGCACAUCAGAGAAUCCACACUGGAGAGAAGCAUUAUGGAUGUAAACAGUGUGGAAAGGCUUUCACAUGCCCCCAGGACACCAGGACACUGAUCAGCUCUCAGACCCUGGUGCUGACUGGGUCAGUGAAGGACCAGACCAAGGAAGCUCAGGGGUUUUAUUCUCACUUCUGUACAAGCCUUGGCCACUGUGUAUGUGGGGGCCAUGAUUAUAGUCAUUAG